UAUUAGGCUACAGAAAGUCGCGAAUGGACACUCGUCUUCAAUUGGACGAGCAAACUGAUGGUGUAACAGUAGGGUAUCAGAUUUCAACGCUGAAUUUUCUGUCUUCUGUCACUGACUUGUUUGCUGGCUGGGUGUAUUCAUUCUUCUAGAAAACGUCUCAGGUGACGACUCAUUUUUUAAGUAGAAGCAAACUCACCCGAAAAGCACUUUUUCUUCUCUACCGGAAUUUGUUGAUCACUGUCAUGGGGCAACUAUGUACAGUUACAAAGAAAACUGGAUCUACAAAAGAUGAGGGAUCCACCAAAGACAGCAGCUUUGAGAAGGAGUUUGUGGAAACUCACAACACGUAUCGCAGGAAACACGGAGCACCGCCGCUGACGCUGAGCCGAGACCUGUGCAAAUCUGCGCAGUCGUGGGCGGAUCACCUGCUGUCCGUCAAAAAGAUGGAGCACAGCGAAACCGACGAGGGAGAGAACAUUUACUACGCCUGGAGCUCCGCCCCAAAGAAACUCACAGGAAAGGAGGCAGUAGACAGCUGGUACAGUGAGAUCAAAGAUUACGACUUCAGCAAACCGGGACCCAGUAUGGACACUGGGCACUUCACCCAGGUGGUGUGGAAGAGUUCGGAGGAGGUGGGGGUGGGUCUGGCCACCGACGGAAACACUGUGUUUGUGGUGGGCCAGUACAGCCCUGCGGGGAACAUCACCACUGUGGAGUACUUUGAAAAUAACGUCCUGCCAGCAGUGGGAUGAGCACCUGUGAUCCAUCAGAGGUGGCAAACCAUGUGACGGGUGACAGCGAAGAGGCCUAAGCCCAGAGGAGCUGAAUUUGUUAAAAAAAAUGGGCUUCUUUUUAUUGAAAUUAUCACCCCGUCCUUUUUCGACAAAAGAACUGUCAUCUCUAUGGUUAAAACAUCGUCCUCACUGUCUUGUUUUAAUGAGAACUGUAGUCGUCAUGACUCCGAUGUUAUCCUCUCUGUCGCUUUUCAAACUAGAGGAUCAUAUUCACUUUCACUCCAAACUAAUCAACCCAUUUCAAUUCACCAGCGCCUUGUGUGACAAAUGUGCCUCGACUGUGAAAUUAUAGCCCUUCAUCUUUGCCCUUCUCUGGAACUCUGUGGGAAGAAUGCUGCCUCACUGGUUAUUAAGCCUUUAACUGCCAGCUCAGCUGAGUGAUGUAUUUAUUUGUGUAAUUAGGAACAUAUGCAAAAGGCAACGAACAAAUUAAGCAAAUAAAUAUAAUUAAUACGCAGAAAUAUAUGGACACGUAAGCUACAUUUGGAAACAAAAAGAAGCCCAAUCACUGCCACUGUUAAAGGGUUAAAUAAUUUUUUUUUUUUUUUAAACAAUAACAGCAACACUGUUAUUGGUUGGCUGGAGCCAUGCCUACUUAUUGAGUGGGCACAAAAACCGGAGUUACAUUUAUAAGGUGUGCCUACUUUCCACAAAAAAGAGGCUAAUACCAGGAAACCGAGAGUGGAGUACAAGCGAGCCAAUAAAGUACAAGGAAGCCUGGCUGAAAAACUGUGGUGCUGUUUUGAUUUAUCUUGCCUUUCUUUUUCUUUUUUUCUGGAACUCGUGAGGGUGAAAGGAGACUUUUUCCAUUUGUUUGUUCAUUUCACUAAAUGAGCAAACUCUCUCUCUCUCUUUUUUGACA